AUCAGCUCUUCAUUUUCUCAUCACUCUUCGCUAAGCUGUCUUCUCUGUUGAGUUGAAGAAGAAUAAUCCAUCCUAGAAUAUUUGUUCCCUCAUUUAUACGUUCUUCCAUUUCAUCCCAUUUUCUAGAGUAGAUAUUCAAUAGUAGUGUUCCAUCCAGUUACUCUAUAACUUCCUAGACCUAAUCUGUACAAGAAAUUAAUGGCUUCUAGCUCUAUGUCCUCCCAUGGCUCAGGCACUUGGACUGCCGAGGAGAACAAGGAGUUUGAGAAAGCUCUGGCCGUUUAUGAUACUGACACACCUGACCGUUGGGCCAAAGUUGCAAGGGCUGUCGGAGGGAAAACCCCAGAAGAGGUGAAGAGGCAUUAUGAAAUUCUUAUGGAAGAUGUCAAAUACAUUGAGAGUGGCCAAGUGCCAUAUCCCUACAGCAGAACCUCUCGGGCCGCCUGUAACAAAGGAGGAUGAAGAAUCUAAAGUUUCAGUUAAGUGUCAUUACGCUCGUAAUGAUCAACUUUUCAGCAGUCCUAUUAUAUUCCAGAAGCUCUUAGCAAUAUGAAUAAAAAUAUGCAGUAAUAAUUUAAGGAUCAUAGCUACUCUAGUCUUUUUUUAAGCAUAUGUAUGAUGAUCAUAAUGAUCAAUGGAGGAAGCCUAUAAGUGCUUCUCUUCUGUAAUAAAUAUUUUAAUUAAAUCGAGGUAUUGUAAGAAUUUUAA